CUGUUUAGCCAGCAUGUUGGCAGCGGCGCGGACAAUGGCAUCUGAAACGCCCCCUGAGUAGUCGUGCCCAGGUGCCAUGUAGUCGCCGUGUGCCCAGAACAGAAGGAAGGCAUGACCGGGGGACACCCGCCCGCGCGCAAUGGAAGCUACACUAAGUUUACUCGAGAAGGUGCAAAGCCGUGGUAGCCGCUCUCCCAAGUGGUUAUCUCCUGCGAGAACAUGGCGGUCCAUACAGACGACGAAAAGACCUUGUGGUCGCACUGUAUACGCGCCAGUGACGACACGCUCGGAAGGCUUCUGGCAUCGCUGCACAUCUCUGGCCCUCACCUGCAGGUACCCUCUACGCUCUGGCUGGCUAUACUGGGCCCCUGUUAAUCUUCAUGCAGGGCGAAAGCGACUCCAGCACCCUGGUCGCCCCGAGAUGGGUCAUUUCGUCCUGGACUCACUAUUAUUCCCAGAAAGGCGUCAGGCGGUUGAGGUACAGCAGGGCCUAAAAGAGUCGACUGCAAUUUAACAAGGGAGAUGACUCUCGGAAGUCUUGACCGUGUCCUUCACCUUCACCUCUACCUUCACGUCAUGUUUCGCCGAGGCUCCUUGCGC